GGACUGCAAUUUUGGUUGGGGUCCACACAACACAAACCCAUCAUCACGGAUCGUCCCUUCCAAAUCAGACGGUUGAAGAAGGGAGAGAAAAUUUGGGGGACCACAGAUUGUGACCCUAAUAAAGAGGUUUCAGAAGCUUCCAAAGAUCAAAUCAUAUACCUCCACAUCACCUUGUUAUACACAAAAUCAAAUGAUAUGCUGAAAUUUAUCCACAUUGAUAGAUAACUGGACCAUCACCUAUCUUAUCAUCUCUCUCUCUAUCUCACUUCACAAUUCAGCUCCUCUGAUUCUCUCUCCGAAGCCUCCAUCUCCAUGUCCUGUCCGUACGGUUCCCCGCUCUAAAAGCUUAAAAUUUCACGCUGUCCGUACAAUUGUCUAGUAGAAAAAUCAUAUCUUUUCAUGUUCUUCCUUCUCAUUCUUUAUUCUGGGUCUCAUUUCAUAUAGCUGAACAAUGCGAGUAUUUGAGAAAAAUCGCAUCUUUCUAUGGCUGAUGAGUCUCACUCUGAUUUCUAUGUGAUCCUUUUCAUUUUUGUUUUCUGAAUUCAAGCAAUCACGUGAGUUCCUUAGCUACAUCACUGAGCAGAUACAUCACCAGGAAAAGACAAAAUCCUCUUUGAGAAUAACAACAGAGAAUUAAAUGAUCUCCAUUACCCAUUUUUCUCAUAGAGAAAACUAUCUUUAUACAUGUAAGAAGAAGAAAUGGGGAUUUGAUUCUGUAGAAUCGGGGAUAGAAACUGAGAGCUUUUACAUGAUAUAGUGAAUAGAAACAAACAAAAUGAAAAGGGUACUUUUGUAAUCAAUGAUAUUGAUAUCAAGCUGAGUUCAUGUGAUCAAAUGCUCUGAAAAAACUAGAUUUUGCUAGUACAAGUGGAUGCUCUAUUGGAUCAAAACUCUUAUCAGUAAAAAGAAGAAGUUUUUAUCUUUUUAUAUCAAAUGGGCUGAUGCUUGCUUGAUAGAAGUAUUUCACUGAGGGGAUUACAAGCCAACAAGAACCCAAAAAAGCCGGAAUUAUGUUGUCUAAAUAGAAAAGAAAUGAAACAAAAACAGAAAAUCCACAGGAACCCAGAAACAGAAAAUGGUGACCAAGUAGCUUCUUUACUUCUCUAAGCUAUAUUUUAAUGCUAAAAAUAAAACAUUACACUACAAACACAAAGUCCGAGGUUAUUAUAGGCCUUAGUAAAGUGACUACUGCUGAGUAAUCGCUUUCUGCUGCUUUUUUUUUUCUUCUCUCUGGCUAUAAGAUGAUAGUAGCUGUUGUCGUAGUUGUGCCUAUUAUUACCACUACCACCACUACUCUACUAGUAGUAUCACACAGGCUUUUUGAUUGGUUCAUUUUCUACUUUGUUAUGCUGUUGUAAAUUUCACAAUUAAUGCCUUCUUAGAAACUCUCAACAGAAAGCCACACAACCCAAAACUCAACUGCGUAGUCUUAUUUAAACGGCUAUAUUAAUGUCCUAUUUACUAACUUCUUUUGUUGUUAUUUUGGUUUUGUUUUUCUUCGGCUUAAGAUUGACUUUCAGCUUUGUAUUUGAGUUUCCUCAAGUGGGUUACCAAGAUUUUAAUUCAUUUUCAAAUAGUCCAAAUGGGUUUUGAAUUUUUUCGCAAUUUAUUACAAGCGUCUGUUUUAUUGUCUGCUCAAAGUUUCUUGAAUUGGGUGGCUAUAGUUUAUAGAUUCUUCUUGUGGGUGUGUGAAUUUUUGGAUUUUUGUAAUAUUAUAUAAUUUUCAUUGGAUUACUAAUCAGUUUCGGGCCUUUCUCUAAUCCUUACCAAACUUGCCUAAUUUAGUUACCAAUAUCAAUAAAUUCGGCUUUUUUACAGAGUCUGGUGGCUGGCUGCUGCAGAAUCAUCAUGGCACACAAACGAGAGCAAUACAUGCAGUAACAGUUGGCUGGCUGAACCCCAACACUAUCUUCUUCUUGAAUCCUGGGCCUAUUUAGCCGCUCGGGUUUGUCGCUCGUGCGCUUGCAAAAGAAAAAAAAUUCUACACCCUCCAUCCGCUCAUCCUCACGGCCUUCCCCUACACAAAAUCCCAGAUCUCGAGGACCCUUUUUCACCAUUGGUGAUUUGACAUUUGUUACAUUCAUUUAUUGGUUGAAUUUAUGUAUGCAACUUUCCUUUCUCCGCCAUUUUCUCUUAUAAGUUGGCAAACUGGGUUCGAUGCAUAGCACUUGAGGAAGCUUUGGGUUUGAUGGGUGGGCUUUGUUUUAUAUGUGCUCAAAGUUGUGUAAACGCUUCCUCUUGACUUGUUACACAACCCACAUUCAAGGGAGAGUCGGUGAUACAGUCUUUGAUUGUCUUUGCUUUGCAUGGAAACCAAGGUACUAGAAGCUUUGGUCUCUGUUUCCUUCAUUUGAUUAUUGUUGUCAAUUCCGGAUUUUAGGUGGGAUUUUUUUAGUAUAUUUUGUGUUGGCAUCUCUAUUAUUUUGGUGGCUUUCAACAUAUUUGUCAACUUGUCAUUGGUUGUGGUGGAGUUUGGAGUUGGUUCCUAGUACUUGCCCUUACUUUUGAAUUGUAUAUUCAGUUGAGUCUGUAGCUUCCAUUAGAAUAUUUUACACACCAUAGAGAGCAAAACUCGGUCCGUGAAUUGUGGCCUUGCUGGGUUUAUAUGAGAGGUUAUUAGCACUUGAUUUGGCCAACUAGAGGGAGUGUUUUAGGACAAUGGUUUUUUAUGUGGAAUAUUGGUGUUAAGUUGUUCAAGACAUGCUGAAUUCUUUUGAGGGAGAGGAUGAUUUGUUCUUUGAUUCUACGGAUUGUUUGUCACUUGAAGAGUCCAUUGUAGCAAAAGAGGGCUUGGCGUGUAAUAAUUCAGAGUAUGAAAUCUGGUUGAAAGAGCCAAAAAGUGUUGAGGAGAGACGCCAAAGGUUUCUGUGCGGAAUGGGUUUGGCUCAGUUGGCCUCUAAGAGAGACGAGAUUGUUAGCAUAGAUAGGAUUGUAAAUUGCAGUGGAGCUGAAUCAAGUUCUUCAGCUUUGUGUACAUAUGGGGAAGAGACAAAUUUGGUUUGUUCUGGUGGGGGAAGAACUUCUGAAGCCAAUUCUAUGAUUGAUGAAAUGGAGCAAGAACAGUUUGAUAAUAAAACAAAUGAAGCUUUUGAAAAUGAGAAUUCUGAGUCUCCUUCCUCCAUGUUAGAAUGUGAGCAGAGUUGUGAAGAAGAAUGUAAAAAUUCUGAUGAGGGAAAGCUGAAAAUGAAGAGCUGGUGGAAAUUCUUUGUACAUAAGAAGAAGCUAAUAGAAGAUGCAUGUGUAUCCAAGGUAUCAAAGCUGAAUUCUGAGGCAACCAAAACAAACAGAAUGAAGGUGAAACAGAACAAGAAGAGGUGCAUGGAAUUUACAGGUGUUUAUAAGGGACAAGAGCUUCAAGCUCACAAAGGCAUUAUUUGGACAAUGAAGUUCAGUCCUGAUGGCCAGUAUCUGGCAACCGGUGGAGAAGAUGGGACCGUACGCAUUUGGCGAGUUACAUCAAUGGAUGCCUCUCACAAGUCUUUUGCAUCUGAAGGCAAUUUGAAAGAAAGCAAAUACAACUUGGAUACUAAAAAGAUGAGCCAUACAUCAGUCAUCAUUCCUAAGAAGAUUUUUCAGAUUGAAGAGUCACCAGUGCAUGAAUAUCAUGGCCACACCAGUGAUGUAUUAGACUUGGCAUGGUCCAAUUCCAAUUGUCUUCUUUCUUCUUCUGAGGAUAAAACUGUUCGCCUAUGGCAAGUGGGUUCUGAUCAUUGUUUGAAUGUUUUUCACCAUACUAAUUAUGUGACAUGCAUUCAGUUCAAUCCAGUUGAUGAAAACUAUUUCAUCAGUGGCUCGAUUGAUGGAAAAGUUCGAAUUUGGGGAGUUUCAGAGAAGAGAGUUGUUGAUUGGGUUGAUGCUCGAGAUGUAACAUCUGCUAUAUGCUAUAGGCCAGAUGGAAAAGGCUUUGUUGUCGGUUCCAUUACAGGCACUUGCCGCUUCUAUGGAGCAUCAGGCAAUGAUCUUCAGCUUGAAGCUGAGAUACAUGUUCAAGGCAGAAAAAAAACCUCAGGCAACAGAGUUACUGGCAUUCAGUUUUCUCAGGAAAGUUCUCAAAGAGUUCUGAUCUCUUCUGAAGAUUCAAAGCUUCGUAUAUUUGAUGGAGUUGAUAUUGUUCACAAAUAUAAAGGUCUAUCAAAGUCAGGAAGUCAAAUGUCUGCUACAUUUACUUCAAGUGGGAGACAUAUUAUCUCAGUCGGAGAGGACUGUCGAGUUUAUGUCUGGAACUAUGAUGGAUUCUGCACCCCAUUGUCUAAACACGUAAAAUCCGUGAGAUCUUGUGAGCAUUUCUUCUCCGAAGGUGUCUCAGUUGCAGUACCUUGGUCAGGGAUGAGAGCAGAAUCGAAAGGCUUAGGUUGUGGUCAUCACAUUCAGAAUAUGAAGCAAACUGAAGAUGGUGCUUCAUGGAGGAGAGAUUCAGAACGUUUUUCUCUUGGCAAUUGGUUUUUCAUGGAUGGUCCAUGCAGAGGGGCCUCUGCAACUUGGCCUGAAGAGAGACUUCCUUGUUGGGAUGUAGCAAUUGCAGAAGAGGAAUGUCAGCAUCAGCACUACGAAGAUUUUCAGCAGCAGCAGCAGAUGAUUAGCACUAAUGGCCACCUUGCUCUAUCCGAUUCGUGGGGACUUGUUAUUGUGGCAGCAGGAUGUGAUGGAACAAUCAAGACUUUCCACAACUAUGGAUUGCCUGUAAGGCUCUAGCUGAGUAUUAACCAAUCCAAUCCGAUCCCCGAUCAGAUCCUGCUGGCCUUGCUAAUGAAGGGGAACUUGAGUCACCUUAUGAUUUAUCCAAGGUCAUCUACCUUUCGAGCGAGCUAAUCAGCAGCCAGCUUAAGAGGCUAGCUCUUCACUGAAGUAACCGAGUUUGUGACAAAUUUCCAUUCUAGACUCUCUUUAGCUACGCUACCAUGGAUGAAGCUGAAAGUCUUUGGUAGGAAUAUGCAUGAUGAGUCUUUUGACAUGGUUUGUAAGUUGGUGUAUUUUUUGUUAUUCUUUUCAUGUCAUUAGACUUGUGAAGAUUCAGGCUUGCUGUUGAGCCAUGGCAUUUUUUUUUUCUUCCCUUCUGUGAAUUAUUUAUUCUACAUGUAUAUGAUUCCACAAAGAAAUAUAAUAUUUAUUUUAAUUUA